AUGGAUUUUAACGAUCUCAAGAGCACUGUGUCGAACCUGACCUUGUAUGAUAUCAAGGCCGGGUUCCGCAAGGCUCAAAAUGCUGUCAUGAACUAUACAGAGAUGGAGGCCAAGGUCCGAGAGGCGACAAAUAACGAACCGUGGGGUGCCUCGUCCACAACGAUGCAAGAAAUCGCCAACGGUACUUUCAGCUACCAAACACUCAACGAGAUUAUGCCCAUGAUUUACCGCCGCUUCACUGAAAAGUCGGCCGAGGAUUGGCGCCAGAUCUAUAAGGCUCUGCAGCUGCUAGAGUUCUUGAUCAAGCACGGUUCUGAGAGGGUUGUUGAUGAUGCCCGAGGUCACAUUACCCUACUGAAGAUGCUGCGCCAGUUCCACUUCAUCGACCAAAACGGCAAAGAUCAGGGCAUCAAUGUACGAAACCGAGCCAAGGAACUCGCCGAGCUUUUAGGCGAUGUUGAACGGAUCAGAGCCGAGCGUAAGAAGUCUCGUGCCACCAAGAACAAAUAUACUGGCGUGGAAGGCGGCACGUCGUUUGGCGGGGGUUUCUCUGGCAGCAGUCGCUACGGCGGUUUCGGCCCCGAAUCUUCAGGAGGUGGCCCUACUUCAUAUGGCGGAUACUCCGGCGGUGUGUACGGCGACGGCGGUGGUUUCGGUGGUCAGUCCAGUGACUACCAAGAAGGCGGCACUGCCGGCCGAUCAGACAGAUUCGAAGAAUAUGACGAGUUUGAUGAGGGCGACAGACCCGCGGCCAGCUCGACAAGAAGAGCCAGGACCGAGCGUGCGGGAACAAAGAAGACAACCCCCGAGGCUGCCAAGCCCAAGGAGCCUGAAGUUGAUCUGUUCUCUUUCGACGAACCCGCGACUACCUCGAGCGCACCAGCUCCCGCCGCCGGCUCGGGACUUGCAGAUCUCGCUGGCCCUAGUAGUGCACCCGCUGCCGCUAAUAACGACGAUGAUGAGUUCGACGACUUCCAGUCUGCUGCGCCCUCGACACAGCCCUCUGCUGCCCCGACCGCUUUUGGCCAGCCACUGGCCCCUCCCGCAGCCGCGCCCACACAGGCUUCGUCUUCCCAAGCAUUCGCCGCUCUGUCGCCAUCGGCAAGCACAUCGGCUGCCCCUGGCGUCAACUACAAUGCGUUUUCUGCACCUACACAAACGGCCAAACCUGCGGCCCCCGCUGGCUUCCAGCAAGCAGGACCCAAUUACUUCAGCGGCAUCCAGUCUCAGGCAAGCACCCAAGUCAGCACACCCACGAUCCCUACAACAGCAAGCUCUGGACCUACGACCAUGGCCAACACGCGACCCGUUCAGGGCAACAGCAAACCAGCGACUCCGGCGGCCGGGGGUGAUGCCUUUGGGGCUCUGUGGGGCAAGGCCAGUGCCGGGAUCAAGAAGACAAGCACGCCGACAUCCGGCCCUGCCCUGGGCCAAUUGGCCAAGGAAAAGAGCAGCGCCAACAUCUGGGGCUCCUCUGCGUCUAACUCUCAAACGACGGGUGGCCCUGGAUAUGGAAACGGUGGUGGCUCAGCUUCCGGCGACCUGCUUGGCUGA